UGCACUCUGCCAUCUUGGGCAGUGUAUGCAGGCUACUUUAGAAUCUGCUUUGUCAUUUGAACCCAGCAUUAUGCAGAAAUGCUUUCCUAUAUCCUUUCGUUCACCAGCCUUCUAACUCAGUAUGCGGCUGAUUUCCUUUGGUUUUUGCUCCAGUACGUCCCAGCUCUGACUAGCCGGAGGCAGCCGCCCACCUUCAGCAAUCGGAAAGGUUUGGAAUGUGUCAUACCGUUGUUUUCCAGUGUAGAGGAGACACCCCAACAAAUCCCUACGCGUGUCAAAGGGCAAAUCCCCCUAUGGCUCAAGGGAAAACUGCUGAGGAAUGGGCCAGGGAAGUACGAGUUUGGAAGACAUCAAUACAACCAUUGGUUUGAUGGUGCCGCCCUGCUACACCAGUUCACAAUUAAGAAUGGGACUGUGACAUACCAAAGCAAGUUCCUCAGGAGCGAUUCCUUUAAAACCAACAGCCAGAACAACCGGAUCAUGGCCUCUGAGUUUGGAACCCUGGCUAUGCCGGACCCUUGCAAGAGCGUAUUUGGGCGGUUCAUGUCAAGGUUUGAAAGUAUGGACAUGACCGACAACUGCAAUGUGAACUAUGUGGUCUACAAAGGGGACUAUUAUGUCAGCACAGAGACCAACUUCAUGCACAGAGUGGAUGUGGAAACCCUGGAGUCACAAGAGAAGGUGAAUUGGGAAAAGUACGUUGCAGUGAACGGAGCGACUGCACACCCACAUUAUGACCCAGAUGGAACAGCGUACAACAUGGGCAAUUCGUAUGGGAGUCAUGGUUCGAACUAUAACAUCAUUCAGAUCCCCCCGCAGAAGUCUGGUCCUGAGGACACCAGUCUGCAGGGUGCAAAAAUUCUGUGCACUAUUCAGCCAAAAGAUAGGAUGAAGCCCUCCUACUACCACAGUUUUGCAAUGAGCAAGAACUACGUGAUCUUCGUUGAGCUGCCUCUCAAAAUGAACCUGUGGAAGCUCAUGACAGCCAAGACUUUUGGGAAGUCCUUUAUGGAUGCGAUCAAGUGGGAGCCCCAGCACCAUACCCGCUUCCAUGUGGUGAACAAGCACACCGGGAAGAUCUGGUGUACAUACGAAGGUCUCCAUGACGAGAGCCUGAGGGCAGCAGGAGGCAUGGAAUUCCCCCAGAUUAAUUAUGCCCGUUGCAAUGGGACGCAGUACCGUUUCUUUUAUGCCGCUGGGUUUACUCAUAUCGUUGGAACCUCGCUGGUUAAGGUCGACACGAAGACCAAGGAGAUGAAGAUGUGGAAAGAGGAAGGCAUGUAUCCUUCCGAGCCAGUGUUUGUGCCAGAUCCUAAGGGUACUGGAGAAGACAGCGGAGUCAUCCUGUCAGUAGUGGUCACACCCAAACAUAACCAAGGCACUUUCCUGCUCGUUCUUGAUGCUGAGAAAUUCACUGAAUUGGGCCGCGCAGAAGUUCCAGUGCAGAUCCCCUAUGGUUUCCAUGGCAUAUUUGUCCAGCAGUAACAAGGAUCCUGUUCAUCAUGGGUGGCCGCAUAACAGCAAGGAAAGACUCCAUAAUGCUUUGAAUCUCAAGGAUUCUCCCCUUUCUGGGCUUGGGCAAAUUCAGUAUGUGUCUCGCUUUCCUUGCCUGUCUGAUGGUGUUUGAGAACAGCCCUGAUCCUCAGAGGUAUUGGGAGUGAGAUGUGGAUAUUUUAGUGAGCGAUGGACAUUGCCCCAACACAAAGCUUUUUAAGCAGGCAAUCAAGAGACGCCAGGUUUAAGGUCCCGAUCAGACGGGUCUUUAGAUCCGACCCAGGCACAAGUGCCUAGUGUAUUUAAAGGGAAUGAUCAGACAGUUACAUCUGGGAAAGGUGUCGCCCCACCAGGGAGCCAUACUUUAAAGAUACCGGUUAAAGUCCGAGGCUAAUGCUUGCUGACGGGCCAAUGGCGGACUUCUCUCCGUCUGAUCAUUCCAGCGCGCAAUCCUUCCGUCGGGAUGGUCUAACUCCAGACCCUCCAGAACGGCUGCCAUUUAAAAAAAUUCUUAGCAAUAUGCACAUAAACAUGUAAAUGCGCGACAGCUGCAGAGCUCCACUCCAACGUUCCAGACAGUUUCAUGUUUCUGAAUGGCCUGUGAAAUUUAUGAACUGCGUUCAUUGAAAUGGUACCUAGAGGGAGGUACCACUGGCGGUGCUUUAACCAUUAAAUUCUGCGUAUGCGCGGAAAAAACAAGUACACGUUGAGGCGCCAAUGCGCAUGCACAAACAGAUUUUUUU